GUGCUCAGGCAAUCCUCAGCGGUGGCUCUGCUCUCUUCCCUGCUGGCCAUGAUGCAGGAAGAAGCUGGAGUCCUGAAGGAGGGCUUCCUUGUCAAACGGGGGCAUGUUGUUCGUAACUGGAAAGUGAGAUGGUUUGUUCUGCUUCAGGAUAAGCUGCUGUAUUACAAAAUUGAAGGAGGCAAGAAGGAGCCUUCUCCAAAGGGCAGGAUCCUUUUGGAUGGCUGCACUAUUACCUGUCCAUGCCUGGAAUAUGAGAACAGACCGCUACUAAUCAAACUAAAGACAAAAACCAAUACAGACUAUUUCCUUGAAUGUUGCUCCAGGGAGGAGCGUGACUCCUGGGCUUUGGACAUCACUGGAGCUAUUCAUGCUGGUCACCCAGUACAGGUACAAGAACUUCACAGAAUGAAGAACUCUUUCAAACUGCUAGAUAAUAUCAGCCUCCAUGACAUAGUGGAGAGAAUGUAUGACAGCAAUACUGGAAUUAAACUGACCCGCAACUUGGAUCAAGGCAACAGAUAUAAAGAGACCUUCACAGGUUCUGCCCUGGUGGACUGGCUCAUUUCCAAUAACUUUGCUGUGUCACGAUUCGAGGCUGUCACCUUGGCAUCCAUGCUGAUGGAUGAGAACUUCAUCAGGCCUGUGGGAACCCGCAGCACUGAGGCCAUGCGCUUCAGCGACCCCUCUGAGAAAUUCCUUGAUGACUCCACCGCACUGUACAUGUUUGCUGAGAACAGUAAGAAAAGUACCAGUUCCAAGGAAGAGGUACAAUUUAACAUCUCUGAAUUAAGCGGCACAAUUGUGAAGCAAGGAUUCUUAAUGAAACAGGGGCACAAGAGGAAAAACUGGAAGGUGAGGAGAUUUGUUUUGAGAGCUGAUCCUGCUUUUUUGCACUACUAUGACCCCACUAAGGAAGAAAACAAGCCAGUCGGUGGAUUCUCCCUCCGAGGCUGUCUUGUCUCAGCUCUAGAGGACAACGGAGUCCCAGCAGGAGUGAAGGGCAAUGUGCAAGGCAAUCUCUUCAAAAUCAUCACCAAAAAUGACAUUCAUUAUUAUAUCCAGGCCAGCUCCAAGGCUGAGCGAGUGCAGUGGAUUGAGGCAAUCAAACCACUGACAUGAGUAACGUGGACUCCAUGCCAAAUGACAAAUCACAUUUGUGACCAAGUUUUCUGCUCUCAUUUUCUGGGAGUAUUGUUAUCCCCUUGAUAGUCUAUUUCUGUUAUUUGAAUUAUCAUAACACUUAGCAAUUCCUGGUAGACCAGCAUCCUAGGUGUCUUAAAGUCAUAUAGACUCAGAAUAAUUCUCCACCAAGAAUUUACCAUCUAACAAAGAGACAAAAGACAAUAGGUGGAUACAGACAAAUGGGGCUUUACAAUGAAAUGAUGAGAUACAAUAUUCCAAGAUAGAAGAAAAGAAUCUUUUGUACAAAUAUUCAGUUUAUACCUGACAGAUCCACAUUGUGCUUUAUCUUAAAGCAGAAAUAUCUUGCUCAUUUCCCCUCUAUAAAGGAGCUCAUAAAUUAAUAAGUUAAGACUGAAACAUCAAAGUCAUGAAAGGUGCUGAUGUCGGAGGCUGCCUUUCUUGGUAUACCACACGAAUCUUGUGCUAAGCCACAGUCCAGCUGCCAGGAUAAUCAGUGCUGCAAAACAAACAAGGGAUCUGUCUGUCCAUCCAUCUGCUUUACUGUUUGGCUUUCUGUUAGACUUGAAAAACCCAAAGCAUCUUCCUCUCCACUAUAUAGAUUGCUCUUGUGCUGGUAAUGAUACCAGAGCAGUACAAGAUCCUGAGUAUCAAAUCAGACCAGUAGCAGUUCCAGACAAUUGCUGCUACUGAAUAUAUGGGAAGAAAUCACUCAGCUAUAAAAGUGAGACUUUUCCUUUGAUUAUCAUCAUAAGUUCAUUUAUGUUGGAGAACCAUUUGGACUGAGAAUUACAGUAGCAGAUAUGGCUAUUGCUUUUUCUAUCUUAGGUCAUUAGUUCUUCCAUUAUUUGUCUACUAAACUUGUCUUUGAUAUCAUUAAAUAC